AUGGCGCCCGGUGUGAUUGAUCCUGUGCAAACGUCCACCUUUGAUCAUGCCUCCACGAAGAAUGAUGGCCCCCAGAAAGACCUGUAUGGUCGCUUUCACCCAGUCGAUCCCGACACGCUCAACCUGGAGUCCAAUUUUGGCCGCAUGGAAAAGGGUUCCAUUGGUUUCCUGCAGCCUACGCUCGCCAGCACGCCACUGGAAGUGAUGCACGAGCGCUUCAAUCGUGAUGGGUACCUUUUCGUCAAAGGACUGCUCAACAAAGAGGACGUCCUGGCCUGCCGACAGGCCUAUUUCUCGCAUAUGUCACCAAGCGGCCUCCUGAAACCCGGCAGUAAUCCCGUGGACGGAUUUUUCAAUCGUGCUCAGGAGCCCCGAAAAUACAUGCCGCCCGGUAAUCUGCGCCGCUUAUUUGGAAUGGAAGGAGAUCGUGAGAGUGACCUCUAUGUGGAGCUCAUGAUCAGUGCCCACGAAGCAUCGUUCUACCGAUCCUUUUGCGAGAACAAGGAUCUGCGAGACUUUGUUCAACUCUUUACCGGCAUGGAUUUCGAACCACUUAUGUUGCAGCGGACGAUGCUCCGAGCCUUCGUCCCCGACAGCGAGUUGACUCCCGUGCACUUCGACCAAAUGUACCUCCGUGGUGGCCCACCUACAAGUCUGACCGCCUGGGUGCCCAUUGGCGAUGUCUCACUCGAAGGCGGUGGGCUCAUGUAUCUGGAAGGCUCUACUGAUAUUGGAAAGCGUACCGAGGACGACUUUGCGCGCAAUUCUGGCAAUUUGACGGAUGAGGAACGCGUUAGCGCCUUCAACAAAAACAUGAACGACGGCGGCUUCCUCAGUCGGGACACGGUGGAGUAUGGGAAACGAGCGGCGAGGAAGUGGCUUCUGACACACUAUGAGGCUGGCGACGUAAUUUUCCACAACCCGUAUAUGGUGCAUGCCAGCUGCAAGAACAAGGAUCCCGAAAGCAGGAUCCGGCUAGCUACGGACGUACGGUUUGUAGACCCGGCUAAGCCUUACGACAAGAUCCUCACGCUGGGGCAGCGUCAGCACGGCAGUCUCUACAAAAUGUCGUCCUUUGAAGACUUGCCUGAUGAGAAAAGCCCCGCGUCACUCGGAUCGAGGAAGCAGACUUCACUGCCGAUCGCUUCGAGAAAGUCUCCCAGAAGCCGUGAAAAGGUCGCGAACGAUAUGCAAUUUGGGUCGAAGUCGUCUUCGCCGAUACCAACUCGAUCUGGUCUAACACCUGAUCAGCCUCGAGUGAGACGCUCUUCAUUCCACCUCCUGGCUCCAGAUAUCGAAACCUCCUCCAACCAAGACCCACUGCCUCCUGGCACAGCCGAAGAGGUUGACUCCGAAAUGGAAACACCAACCAAGAAGCCACUGCGUAGGAUCCGACCGAAGUCCUCGGAGCCGACCAAUCCGGCUGAGUCUUCGAUCAGUCGACGGACAGUGGGGAUAGAAAUUGAUGCCGCCGCCAAUCAAGAACCUAGAAGGCUGCUCCGACCGCCAUUCGAGACGUCGCAUACCUCGCCAGAGAUGCAGGAUGAGACGGCGAGAAGAGGCCAACGCCCAAAUGUGACCGAAAGAGCCGCGAGCGACACCGCCACUCCUGUGAAAAAACUAUCUGGAAUUCAGCUUGACGGUGAUAUUGCAAAACUCAUCAAGGACGGUCCCACAAGAGACAGAGACAAAGAGAAGGUGAAUGGGUCAAUUUACUUCUACAUAGUCAAACCACGAAGUGAUAACGUGCGACUACUCAAGAUCGGCCGGACGGAAAAGCAUCCGAACGAGCGCCGCAUCCAGAUCAAAGGUAUCUGCGGGCACUUGGAAAUCGAAGAGCACCCCAGGGCGGUCGCUCGAGACAUUGCCUUCUAUGGAUUUGCCGAGAGGUUAAUACAUAAGGAACUGAGCAACUACCAAUACCCGUGGCUAUGCGACUGCGGUACCAGGCACAGAGAGUACUUCCAAGUCAGCGAAGAUGUCGCUGUGAAGGUGUUUGAAAGAUGGCGGGACUUUUGUGAUCAGAAACCCUGGGACCUCAGCGGGAAAAUACUCCCCGUAUGGUCCCAGAGAUUGCAGAACAGGGUCAGGUGCCGCACCGCAGAGCACAAUUUCGACCACCUCGAAUUCGCUAGGCACUGGGAUACCUUCACCAACCCAAUGUCUUUUGAGCGAAUUUUAUCCGAUUUACUACGUGUUCUGAAGCUUGGAUUUCCGGAGCGCUGGCGGAAUAUUGCCCUGGCAGAGUUUCUCACGAUCGUUUGCUUCUCGGGCUACUCUUUCUUAACGAAACUGUGGACUGUUAUUGUUGUCUCAAUGGUUUUGAUUGAUACAGUAUUCACGGAAGACAUGCAUUUUACUACUCGCAUAUCUCAACUUAUGGGAGGUGGCUUGCAAUCCUUGAUGCUGGGGCAGACAUCUCCAAAGGAUAGGAAAGUGGUAGAAACGAAAGGCUUAACGCCCGAAGCCAACCCAGGGGACGUUCUAUAUGAGUCAUCUAGUAGAGCUGAGGCUCAUCAGCUACGGAGAGAGAGCGCUGCUGCGACUAGCCAGCCUUUGAUCGACAUGACAGAGCCUAUCAAUGAUGGAGACGAUCUUGGUAGUCCUGAGUCUGCAGCCAACAAAGAUAGCCCCGAUAAGGAUGCUCGCUCGUCUACAAGUGUUGACGUGACCUCAACGCGGAGCAGUGUCUCAAAAGGAAAGGAGUGUCUGUAUCCACCUUUUCAGAAGUGUGCAGAUGGACCCGAAUGA